AUGCAGUCCUAUCUGCAGUAUCGUCGAUUGGGAGAUUCUGUCCGCGCCGAGUUGGACUACGCAUAUACACAGCGCAAUACCGAUUCCACCGUGAAAACACGCUCGACGUCGAGCUCUUCAUCAGAUUCGGAUUCGGUCAAUUCUAUCGAAGAUGCAAAUCAAGUUACCCGCGACGAUGAUGUCGCAGUAACAUCAAAUCCCGAAUCGCUGGAGAAAUCCAAAACGCAGCGCUCCGAGAAGACAACUCUAGCGCAUUCCCUUGCGGGUGUUGAUAUUCAGAAACAACUCGCGUCGACGAAUCAGCCAGCCGAUUUGUUCAUUGUCGGCUGGGAUGGCAAGGAUGAUCCACAAAAUCCGAUGAACUAUAAUUUUUCGAGCCGGCUUAUCGCCACAUUGCUCGUUUCGGCACUGGCUUUCGUAGUUGGUGCGGCCUCGUCAAUUAAUUCGGCCGUUUUACCUCAGAAUGCGGCGGCGUUUGGCGUGAGCGAUGUUGUGGGAUCUCUUGUGACUGCUGUAUAUCUGCUCGGUUUUGCAGCUGGGUCUCUUGUUAGCGGCCCGCUCUCUGAAAUCUUAGGCCGCAAUGUGGUGUACACAGCGUCAUUGACUCUAUUUAUGAUCUUCAUCAUGGGCUCUGCACUUGCACCCAAUAUUGGUGCUCAACUGGCCUUCCGCUUUUUAGCUGGAAUCUUCGGUUGUCCACCACUUACCUGUGCAGGUGGGACAAUUGCUGAUCUAUGGAAUCCGCUGGAGAAGACGAUCUAUUUCCCCAUGUACGCAAUCCUCUCUUUCGGAGGACCAGUGCUUGGGCCAGUCAUUGCGUCGUAUAUGGGUCAAACAGAUGCUCUCUCCUGGCGCUGGACGGCAUGGAUCAUCCUCAUUAUGUCCGGCGCCAUCCUAGUCUUGAUCAUCCUCUUCCAGCCAGAGACAUACUCGCCGCUUCUUCUAAAGUGGAAGGGCAAGCAGCUGCGCAGAAUCACCGGCGAUAACCGCUUCCGCUCGGAAAUGGACAUGGAGAAGAUUGCGCUGCUCAGCCGUAUCAGCGGGGCAAUGAAGCGUCAGUUCCUGAUUACCAUCCACGAGCCGAUUAUUUUGUUGAUAUCGCUUUAUAUGACUGUCCUGUAUAUUGUGUUAUUCACAUUCUUCGAUGGGUAUACCUACAUUUUCACCGAUGUGCAUGGUCUCUCGCAGGGUCUGACCAAUAUUGUCUGGGUUGCGAUGUACGUCGGAAUCUCACUGGCUACUUUCCUUGUCUUCCCCAUCUACAAGUGGACGAAAAAGGCGUUUACCCAGGCGGCACAAGCAGUCAAUGGCGCUGAUCCAGCUGUCGAUGCACAUGCCCUCGAUGGUGUGCACACUCAACCUGAGAUCCGACUGUGGUUCGCUAUGUUCGGAGCCCCUGCUAUCCCGAUCAGCCUCUUCUGGAUGGGAUGGACUGACUUUGAGUCGAUAUCCGUCUGGUCACCCAUACUCGCCUCUAGCCUCUUCGGCUUCGGCACUAUCUGCGUCUUCAUCAGCUCCUACAUGUAUGUCAUCGACUCGUACAGCGUCUACGCAGCAUCGGCUCUGGGAUUUAUGACAGUCUCCCGCUAUUGUGCUGCAGGUGGCAUGACGGUUGUUGGGAUCCCGUUCUAUCAAAAUAUGGGUGUUCAUUGGACACUUACUAUUCUCGGAUGCAUCAGUGCUUUGCUGGUCCCUGUGCCUUAUGUGUUUUACAUGUAUGGUCCUGUUAUUCGGCGUUGGAGUCGAUAUGCUGUUGUGGAGGAGAGCAAGGCUUAG